AUGGCAGAGAAGGAGGAGUCAGUGGUCCUCUGGCUUCCAUCCUUCACUGUGACAUCACAACUAAUCCAUUCAUCAAGAUCUUUGGAAAUAGAAAGAACAGCAAACGCCACAACGCAAUCAGCACUUACUACAAAUGAAAGGACUGCGACACAUACGGCAGAACCUUCUACCACAAACUCUACCACUGUAAUGACUUCUCCCGGUUCUGCAGAAACAAUCAGCAUGGAGUCAUCUACAGAUGUAAAGAGUUCAUAUUCCUGGACACUUACCUCUCAGGGAUCCACUACUGGGAUUACAAAUUAUAAUACUUCAUCUAUUACUGUGACAACUAAUGAGACUUUACCGCUUUCCACCCGGAGUCCAACAUUGUCACCGGAGACAACCAACCACAGCUCAGAACAGACGGACUCAACGCUUUCAUUGCUUUCUGGGGUCACAAUAAGUCGCAGUGACUCUUCAGUGUCAACGUCUGCGGUUACAAAUGUUCUGAGCACCUCUCAGGAGCUAUCUACCUCAUUACCCCUUUCUUCCUCAUUCCAGUCUACAAAGGAGAGUCACACUGAAAACUAUAUGACAAACAUUAUGUCUGAGAGUUCAGAAUCCUCCACUGCGCUGGAAACAUCACAAUCAAUCGAACCAACAAUGUCUCCAACAAUCACCGACACAAGUCCUUCUAGUACAUUGAAAAGUGAUACAUCUACUAUUUCUCAGACAUCUGAGAGAUCAACUGUAGCCAAAUCAUCUUCUUCUACUGAAGAAAUAUCUCCAUCAACGUCACCUCUUGUUCCAUCGCACACCUCCCCAACAUCACAAACAUCCACACAACCCGAACCAUCACAUUCAUCUCCAUCAGACGUUUCUCCAUCAACAGAAUCAACACCCUCUGUGGGCACAUCACCCACCAUGACUGUGAUCUCCACAUCCUAUACUCAUCAACCAUCAGAAUCCUCCACUGCAUUGGAAACCUCCCAAUCAAUCGAGCCAACAAUGUCUCCAACAAUGACCGACACAAGUCCUUCUAGUACAUUGAAAACUGAAUCAGCUACUAUUUCUCAAACAACUGAGGGGUCAACUUUAUCUAAAUCAUCUUUUUCUACUGGAGAAGUAUCUUCAUCAACCUCACCACUUGUUCCAUCGCACACCUCCCCAACAUCACAAACAUCGACAUCACCCGAAACAUCAAAUUCAUCUCCAACAUCAGAAGGUUCUCCAUCAACAGAAUCAACACCAUCUAUGGGCACAUCACCCACCAUGACUGUGAUCUCCACAUCCUCUACUCAUCAACCAUCAGAAUCCUCCAAUCCGCUAGAAAACGCACAAUCAAUUGUACCAACAAUGUCUCCAACAAUGACCAACACAAGUCCUUCUAGUACAUUUAAAAUUGAAUCAGCUACUAUUUCUCAAAUAACUGAGAGAUCAACUGUAGCCAAAUCAUCUGCUUCUACUGGAGAAGUAUCUCCAUCAACUUCACCUCUUGUUCCAUCGCACACCUCCCCAACAUCACAAACCUCAACAUCACCCGAAACAUCACAUUCAUCUCCGACAUCAGAAGUUUCUCCAUCAACAGAAUCAACACCCUCUGUGGGCACAUCACCCACCAUGACUGUGAUCUCCACAUCCUCUGCCCAUCAACCAUCAGAAUCCUCCACUCCACUGCAAACCUCACAAUCAAUCGAGCCAACAAUGUCUCCAACAAUGACCGACACAAGUCCUUCUAGUACAUUGAAAAGUGAUACAUCUACUGUUUAUCAGACCUCUGAGGGAUCAACUUUAUUUAAAUCAUCUGCUUCUACUGGAGAAAUAUCUCCAUCAACUUCACCUCUUGUUCCAUUGCACACCUCCCCAACAACACAAACAGCAACAUCACCUGAAACAUCAUAUUCAUCUCCAUCAUCAGAAGUUUCCACAUCAACAGAAUCAACACCCUCUGUGGGCACAUCACCCACCAUGAUGGUGAUCUCCACAUCCUCUACUCAUCAACCAUCAGAAUCCUCCACUGCAUUGGAAACCUCACAAUCAAUCCAACCAACAAUGUCUCCAACAAUGACCGACACAAGUCCUUCUAGUACAUUGAAAACGGAAUCAGCUACUAUUUCUCAAACAACUGAGGGAUCAACUGUAGCCAAAUCAUCUUUUUCUACUGGAGAAGGAUCUCCAUCAACUUCACCUCUUGUUCCAUCGCACACCUCCCCAACAACAUCAACAUCACCCAAAACAUCACAUUCAUCUCCAACAUCAGAAUAUUCUCCAUCAACAGAAUCAACACCCUCUGUGGGCACAUCACCCACCAUGACUGUGAUCUCCACAUCGUCUACUCAUCAACCAUCAGAAUCCUCCACUCCAUUGGAAACCUCAAAAUCAAUCGAACCAACAAUGUCUCCCACAAUGACAGACACAAGUUCUAUUACUUUUAAAAGUGAAUCAACUACUAUUUCUCAAACAACUGAGGGAUCAACUGUAGCCAAAUCAUCUUUUUCUUUUGGAGAAGUAUCUCCAUCAACCUCACCUCUUGUUCCAUCGCACACCUCCCCAACAACAUCAACAUCAACACCACCCAAAACAUCACAUUCAUCUCAAACGUCAGAAGUUUCUCCAUCAACAGAAUCAUCGCCCUCUGUGGGCACAUCACCCACCAUGACUGUGAUCUUAACAUCAUCUACUCAUCAACCAUCAGAAUCCUCCACCCCAUUGGAAACCUCACAAUCAAUCGAACCAACAAUGUCUCCAACAAUGACAGACACAAAUCAUUUUAAUACGUUGAAAACUGACACAUCUACUAUUUCUCAAACAACUGAGGGAUCAACUUUAUCUAAAUCAUCUUUUUCUACAGGGGAAGUAUCUCCAUCAUCUUCACCUCUUGUUCCAUCGCACACCUCCUCAACAUCACAAACAUCAACAUCACCCGAAACAUCACAUUCAUCUCAAACAUUAGAAGUUUUUCCAUCAACAGAAUCAACACCCUCUGUGGGCACAUCACCCACCAUGACUGUGAUCUCCAUAUCCUCUACUCAUCAACCAUUAGAAUCCUCCACUCCAUUGGAAACCUCACAAUCAAUCGAACCAACAAUGUCUCCAACAAUGACCAACACAAGUCCUUCUAGUACAUUGAAAAUGGAAUCAGCUACUAUUUUUCAGACAACUGAGGCUUCAACUUUAUCUAAAUCAUCCAUUUCUACUGGAGAAGUAUCUCGAUCAACCUCACCUCUUGUUUCAAUGCACACCUCCCCACCAAAACAAACAUCAACACCAUCUGAAACAUCACAUUCAUCUCCAACAUCAGAAAUUUCCACAUCAACAGAAUCAACACCCUCUGUGGGCACAUCACCCACCAUGACUGUGAUCUCCACAUCCUCUACUCAUCAACCAUCAGAGUCCUCCACUCCAUUGGAAACUUCAAAAUCAAUUGUACCAACAAUGACCAACACAAGUCCUACUAGUACAUUGAAAACGGAAUCAGCUACUACUUCUCAAACAACUGAGGGAUCAACUUUAUCUAAAUCAUCUUCUUCUACUGGAGAAGGAUCUCCAUCAACCUCACCUCUUGUUCCAUCGCACACCUCCCCAGAAACACAAACAUUAACACAACCUGAAACAUCACAUUCAUCUCCAACAUCAGACGUUUCUCCAUCAACAGAAUCAACACCCUCUGUGGGCACAUCACCCACCAUGACUGUGAUCUCCACAUCCUCUACUCAUCAACCAUCAGAAUCCUCCACUCCAUUGGAAACCUCACAAUCAAUCGAACCAACAAUGUCUCCAACAAUGACUGACACAAGUUCUAGUACUUUUAAAAGUGAAUCAACUACUAUUUCUCAAACAACUGAGGGAUCAACUGUAGCCAAAUCAUCUUUUUCUACUGGAGAAGUAUCUCCAUCAACUUCACCUCUUGUUCCAUCGCACACCUCCCCAACAUCACAAACAUCAACACCCCCCGAAACAUCACAUUCAUCUCCAACAUCAGAAGUUUCUCCAUCAACAGAAUCAACACCAUCUGUGGGCACAUCACCCACCAUGACUGUGAUCUCCACAUCAUCUACUCAUCAACUAUCAGAAUCCUCCACUCCAUUGGAAACCUCACAAUCAAUUGUACCAACAAUGUCUCCAACAAUGACCGACACAAAUCCUUCUAGUACAUUUAAAAUGGAAUCAGCUACUAUUUCUCAAUCAACUGAGGGAUCAACUUUAUCUAAAUCAUCUGCUUCUACUGGAGAAGUAUCUUCAUCAACCUCACCUCUUGUUCCACCACACACCUCCCCAACACCACAAACAUCAACAUCACCUGAAACAUCACAUUCAUCUCCGACAUCAGAACUUUCCACAUCAACAGAAUCAACACCCUCUGUGGGCACAUCACCCACCAUGACUGUGAUCUCCACAUCAUCUACUCAUCAACCAUCAGAAUCCUCCACUCCAUUGGAAACCUCACAAUCAAUUGAGCCAACAAUGUCUCCAACAAUGACCAAAACAAGUCCUUCUAGUACAUUGAAAACCGAAUCAGCUACUAUUUAUCAAACAACUGAGGGAUCAACUUUAUCUAAAUCAUCUGCUUCUACUGGAGAAGUAUCUCCAUCAACCUCACCUCUUGUUCCAACGCACACCUCCACAACAACAUCAACAUCACCCAAAACAUCACAUUCAUCUCCAACAUCAGAAGAUUCUCCAUCAACAGAAUCAACACCCUCUGUGGGCACAUCACCCACCAUGACUGUGAUCUCCACAUCCUCUACUCAUCAACCAUCAGAAUCCUCCACUGCGCUGGAAACCUCCCAAUCAAUUGUACCAACAAUGUCUCCCACAAUGACCGACACAAGUCCUUCUAGUACAUUGAAAAGUGAAUCAGCUACUAUUUCUCAAACAACUGAGGGGUCAACUUUAUCUAAAUCAUCUUUUUCUACAGGAGAAGUAUCUUCAUCAACCUCACCUCUUGUUCCAUCGCACACCUCCCCAACAACACAAACAUCAACACCACCCAAAACAUCACAUUCAUCUCCAACAUCAGAAGAUUCUCCAUCAACAGAAUCAACACCUUCUGUGGGCACAUCACCCACCAUGACUGUUAUCCCCACAUCCUCUACUCAGCAACCAUCAGAAUCCUCCACCCCAUUGGAAACUUCAAAAUCAAUUGUACCAACAAUGUCUCAAACAAUGACCGACACAAGUCUUUCCAGUACAAUGAAAAGUGAUAUAUCUACUGCUUAUCAGACAUCUGAGGGGUCAACUGUAGCCAAAUCAUCUGCUUCUACUGGAGAAAUAUCUCCAUCAACCUCAUCUCUUGUUCCAUCGCACACCUCCCCAGAAACACAAACAUUAACACAACCUGAAACAUCACAUUCAUCUCCAACAUCAGACGUUUCUCCAUCAACAGAAUCAACACCCUCUGUGGGCACAUCACCCACCAUGACUGUGAUCUCCACAUCCUCUACUCAUCAACCAUCAGAAUCCUCCACUCCAUUGGAAACCUCACAAUCAAUUGUACCAACAAUGUCUCCAACAAUGACCGACACAAGACCUUCUAGUACAUUUAAAAUGGAAUCAGGGAGUAUUUCUCCAACAACUGAGGGAUCAACUUUAUCUAAAUCAUCUGCUUCUACUGGAGAAGUAUCUCCAUCAACCUCACCUCUUGUUCCAACGCACACCUCCCCAACAUCACAAACAUCACCCGAAACAUCACAUUCAUCUCCAACAUCUGAAGUUUCUCCAUCAACAGAAUCAACACCCUCUGUGGGCACAUCACCCACCAUGACUGUGAUCUCCACACCGUCUACUCAUCAACCAUCAGAAUCCUCCACUCCAUUGGAAACCUCACAAUCAAUCGAACCAACAAUGUCUCCAACAAUGACCGACACAAGUUCUAGUACUUUUAAAAGUGAAUCAACUACUAUUUCUCAAACAAUUGAGGGAUCAACUGUAGCCAAAUCAUCUUUUUCUACUGGAGAAGUAUCUCCAUCAACUUCACCUCUUGUUCCAUCGCACACCUCCCCAACAUCACAAACAUCAACACCCCCCGAAACAUUACAUUCAUCUCCAACAUCAGAAGUUUCUCCAUCAACAGAAUCAACACCAUCUGUGGGCACAUCACCCACCAUGACUGUGAUCUCCACAUCCUCUACUCAUCAUCAACCAUCAGAAUCCUCCACUCCAUUGGAAACCUCACAAUCAGUUGUACCAACAAUGACCGACACAAGUCCUUCUAGUACAUUUAAAAUGGAAUCAGCUACUAUUUCUCAAUCAACUGAGGCAUCAGCUUUAUCUAAAUCAUCUGCUUCUACUGGAGAAGUAUCUUCAUCAACUUCACCUCUUGUUCCAUCGCACACCUCCCCAACAUCACAAACAUCAACAUCACCUGAAACAUCACAUUCAUCUCCGACAUCAAAACUUUCCACAUCAACAGAAUCAACACCAUCUGUGGGCACAUCACCCACCAUGACUGUGAUCUCCACAUCAUCUACUCAUCAACCAUCAGAAUCCUCCACUCCAUUGGAAACCUCACAAUCAAUUGAGCCAACAAUGUCUCCAACAAUGACCAAAACAAGUCCUUCUAGUACAUUGAAAACCGAAUCAGCUACUAUUUAUCAAACAACUGAGGGAUCAACUUUAUCUAAAUCAUCUGCUUCUACUGGAGAAGUAUCUCCAUCAACCUCACCUCUUGUUCCAACGCACACCUCCACAACAACAUCAACAUCACCCAAAACAUCACAUUCAUCUCCAACAUCAGAAGAUUCUCCAUCAACAGAAUCAACACCUUCUGUGGGCACAUCACCCACCAUGACUGUGAUCUCCACAUCCUCUACUCAUCAACCAUCAGAAUCCUCCACUGCGCUGGAAACCUCCCAAUCAAUUGUACCAACAAUGUCUCCCACAAUGACCGACACAAGUCCUUCUAGUACAUUGAAAAGUGAAUCAGCUACUAUUUCUCAAACAACUGAGGGGUCAACUUUAUCUAAAUCAUCUUUUUCUACAGGAGAAGUAUCUUCAUCAACCUCACCUCUUGUUCCAUCGCACACCUCCCCAACAACACAAACAUCAACACCACCCAAAACAUCACAUUCAUCUCCAACAUCAGAAGAUUCUCCAUCAACAGAAUCAACACCUUCUGUGGGCACAUCACCCACCAUGACUGUUAUCCCCACAUCCUCUACUCAGCAACCAUCAGAAUCCUCCACCCCAUUGGAAACUUCAAAAUCAAUUGUACCAACAAUGUCUCAAACAAUGACCGACACAAGUCUUUCCAGUACAAUGAAAAGUGAUAUAUCUACUGCUUAUCAGACAUCUGAGGGGUCAACUGUAGCCAAAUCAUCUGCUUCUACUGGAGAAAUAUCUCCAUCAACCUCAUCUCUUGUUCCAUCGCACACCUCCCCAGAAACACAAACAUUAACACAACCUGAAACAUCACAUUCAUCUCCAACAUCAGACGUUUCUCCAUCAACAGAAUCAACACCCUCUGUGGGCACAUCACCCACCAUGACUGUGAUCUCCACAUCCUCUACUCAUCAACCAUCAGAAUCCUCCACUGCGCUGGAAACCUCCCAAUCAAUUGUACCAACAAUGUCUCCAACAAUGACCGACACAAGACCUUCUAGUACAUUUAAAAUGGAAUCAGGGAGUAUUUCUCCAACAACUGAGGGAUCAACUUUAUCUAAAUCAUCUGCUUCUACUGGAGAAGUAUCUCCAUCAACCUCACCUCUUGUUCCAUCGCACACCUCCCCAACAUCACAAACAUCACCCGAAACAUCACAUUCAUCUCCAACAUCUGAAGUUUCUCCAUCAACAGAAUCAACACCCUCUGUGGGCACAUCACCCACCAUGACUGUGAUCUCCACAUCGUCUACUCAUCAACCAUCAGAAUCCUUCACUCCAUUGGAAACCUCACAAUCAAUCGAACCAACAAUGUCUCCAACAAUGACCGACACAAGUUCUAGUACUUUUAAAAGUGAAUCAACUACUAUUUCUCAAACAAUUGAGGGAUCAACUGUAGCCAAAUCAUCUUUUUCUACUGGAGAAGUAUCUCCAUCAACUUCACCUCUUGUUCCAUCGCACACCUCCCCAACAUCACAAACAUCAACACCCCCCGAAACAUCACAUUCAUCUCCAACAUCAGAAGUUUAUCCAUCAACAGAAUCAACACCAUCUGUGGGCACAUCACCCACCAUGACUGUGAUCUCCACAUCCUCUACUCAUCAUCAACCAUCAGAAUCCUCCACUCCAUUGGAAACCUCACAAUCAAUUGUACCAACAAUGACCGACACAAGUCCUUCUAGUACAUUUAAAAUGGAAUCAGCUACUAUUUCUCAAUCAACUGAGGCAUCAGCUUUAUCUAAAUCAUCUGCUUCUACUGGAGAAGUAUCUUCAUCAACUUCACCUCUUGUUCCAUCGCACACCUCCCCAACAUCACAAACAUCAACAUCACCUGAAACAUCACAUUCAUCUCCGACAUCAAAACUUUCCACAUCAACAGAAUCAACACCAUCUGUGGGCACAUCACCCACCAUGACUGUGAUCUCCACAUCAUCUACUCAUCAACCAUCAGAAUCCUCCACUCUAUUGGAAACCUCACAAUCAAUUGUACCAACAAUGUCUCCAACAAUGACCGACACAAGUCCUUCUAGUACAUUGAAAACCGAAUCAGCUACUAUUUCUCAAACAACUGAGGGAUCAACUUUAUCUAAAUCAUCUGCUUCUACUGGAGAAGUAUCUCCAUCAACCUCACCUCUUGUUCCAACGCACACCUCCACAACAUCACAAACAUCAACAUCACCCAAAACAUCACAUUCAUCUCCAACAUCAGAAGAUUCUCCAUCAACAGAAUCAACACCCUCUGUGGGCACAUUACCCACCAUGACUGUGAUCUCCACAUCCUCCACUCAUCAACCAUCAGAAUCCUCCACUCCAUUGAAAACCUCCCAAUCAAUUGUACCAACAAUGUCUCCAACAAUGACCGACACAAGUUCUAGUACUUUUAAAAGUGAAUCAACUACUAUUUCUCAAACAACUGAGGGAUCAACUGUAGCCAAAUCAUCUUUUUCUACUGGAGAAGUAUCUCCAUCAACCUCACCUCUUGUUCCAUCGCACACCUCCCCAACAUCACAAACAUCAACAUCACCUGAACCAUCACAUUCAUCUCCAUCAGAAGUUUCUCCAUCAACAGAAUCAACACCCUCUGUGGGCACAUCACCCACCAUGACUGUGAUCUCCACAUCCUCCACUCAUCAACCAUCAGAAUCCUCCACUCCAUUGGAAACCUCCCAAUCAAUCGAACCAACAAUGUCUCCAACAAUGACCGACACAAGUCCUUCUAGUACAUUGAAAACUGAAUCAGCUACUAUUUCUCAAAUAACUGAGGGAUCAACUUUAUCUAAAUCAUCUGCUUCUACUGGAGAAGUAUCUCCAUCAACCUCACCUGUUGUUCCAUCGCACACCUCCCCAACAACACAAACAUCAACACCACCUGAAACAUCACAUUCAUCUCCAACAUCAGAAAUUUCUCCAUCAACAGAAUCAACACCCUCUGUGGGCACAUCACCCACCAUGACUGUGAUACCAAUAUCGUCUACUCAUCAACCAUCAGAAUCCUCCACCCCAUUGGAAACCUCACAAUCAAUCGAACCAACAAUGUCUCCAACAAUGACCGACACAAGUCCUUCUAGUACAUUGAAAACUGAAUCAGCUACUAUUUCUCAAUCAACUGAGGCAUCAGCUUUAUCUAAAUCAUCUGCUUCUACUGGAGAAGUAUCUCCAUCAACGUCACCUCUUGUUCCAUCGCACACAUCCCCAACAUCACAAACAUCAACACCAUCUGAAACAUCACAUUCAUCUCCGACAUCAGAACUUUCCACAUCAACAGAAUCAACACCAUCUGUGGGCACAUCACCCACCAUGUCUGUGAUCUCCACAUCCUCUACUCAUCAACCAUCAGAAUCCUCCACUCCAUUGGAAACCUCACAAUCAAUUGUACCAACAAUGUCUCCAACAAUGACCAACACAAGUCCUUCUAGUACAUUGAAAACGGAAUCAGCUACUAUUUCUCAAACAACUGAGGGAUCAACUUUAUCUAAAUCAUCUGCUUCUACUGGAGAAGUAUCACCAUCAACCUCACCUCUUGUUUCAACGCACAUCUCCCCAACAACAUCAACAUCACCCGAAACAUCACAUUCAUCUCCAACAUCAGAAGAUUCUCCAUCAACAGAAUCAACACCCUCUGUGGGCACAUCACCCACCAUGACUGUGAUCUCCACAUCCUCUACUCAUCAACCAUCAGAAUCCUCCACUGCGCUGGAAACCUCCCAAUCAAUUGUACCAACAAUGUCUCCAACAAUGACCGACACAAGUCCUUCUAGUAAAUUGAAAACUGAAUCAACAACUAUUUCUCAAACAACUGAGGGGUCAACUUUAUCUAAAUCAUCUGCUUCUACUGGAGAAGUAUCUCCAUCAACCUCACCUCUUGUUCCAUCGCACACCUCCCCAGAAACACAAACAUCAACACCACUUGAAACAUCACAUUCAUCUCUGACAUCAGAAGUUUCUCCAUCAACAGAAUCAACACCCUCUAAUCCUCCACUCCAUUGA